CUUUCUAGAACUUGUUGGAUGCAUUUUUCGAACAUUCUUCAACUAGCAUACUCUCAAUAUCUCAAGAUUAUCAGCAAAUUCCCAGAAUCCGAAUCAAAAGUCUACAGCACACACAAUGGGGGACUCUAGACGAAAUAGACGACCCGAUAGUCGUCAAAUGUGGGACGAAUCCGACAGACGCGAUAGGCGCGGAGGACAUAAUAGGGACAACGACCGCGAUCGCGGAGGCUACAGGUCAAGAUCACGCGAGCGCCGUGGAUAUAGAGAUCGAUCAAGGUCGCCGGACAGGAGAAACAGAGACCGAGAUGGUGAUAGGAACCGACCUAGGGAUAGAGGCCCGCGCCAUCAUGAUGGUCGAGACAGGAGGGAUAGACGAAGAGAGGACGCAGAGGAUGCGCCACCAAGAAAGAGACGAGAUGAGCGUCGUGAUGAUGAUAGAGACAAGCGAAGUAUGCACCUGCACCCAUUUCAACGUUAUAAACAUCUAACUUCCCAUGCAGGCAAAUCUCGUCGCUCAGCCUCACCACAAUCGUGCAGUCCUACUCACGAAGCACUUCCCACGCGUCCUCGCCCCGAUGCAAAGCGCCCGGCACCCAAUAUGUCCUUCAACGUCAGCUCUCGUGCAAGUCGCUCACCACCACCGCCCUCACGCGCCCAGCAUGAAAAGCAAAGCAACCACUCAGAAGACGGCCAGGCUUCAGAAGUUGAAGAAGAUCCUAUGGACGCAGAAGACGAUGAUAUGGCCGCUAUGCAAGCUAUGAUGGGCUUCGGUGGUUUCGGAACGACCAAGAACAAGAAAGUUUCAGGGAACAAUGCUGGCGGCGUGCACAAGGAAAAGAAGACGGAGUAUCGUCAGUACAUGAACCGAAACGGUGGAUUCAAUAGGCCAUUGAGUCCAUCACGCUGAGGAUGACGGUCAGAUGGUGUUGGUACAGUACGAGUCAUGAUCUCCGUGAGGACAGUUGGCAUUUUUAAGGUUAUGCCUCAAAGGUAAACUGAACUGGCGUACAAGAGAGAUAGGUUUUCCUGCUCAACGAACGCAGAGGUAU